UCUCCCCGACUCGGGCCGCCGCCGCGCUAGUGGUGGCUCCGCAUCUCCAAAAGGGGCCCUCCGACUCCUCGCUGGGCCAUUCCGGCGCCGGGUCGUGGAGCCCCGCGCAACUCCUCUGGUCCCUGAACGGGAUCCCUCCUCCCCAGAGUUGCGAGCAACUUUCCUCUCUCCCUGUCGCUGCGGUGGCUCGGGGACCGUAGCCGCCGCAGGUAGCUGAACCCGGGCCACGGUCCCCGCGCCUCGGCUGCGCGCGCGCGUAGGUCGCUCUUUCUCUGGGUGCACGCUGGGGGACUGGCGCGCUCGGCUCUGCGGGCGAGAUGCCCCUGGGACACAUCAUGAGGCUGGAUCUGGAGAAAAUCGCCCUGGAGUACAUCGUGCCCUGUCUGCACGAGGUCGGCUUCUGCUACCUGGACAACUUCCUGGGCGAGGUGGUGGGCGACUGCGUCCUGGAGCGCGUCAAGCAGCUGCACUGCAGCGGGGCCCUGAGGGACGGCCAGCUGGCCGGGCCGCGCGCCGGCGUCUCCAAGCGGCACCUGCGGGGCGACCAGAUCACGUGGAUCGGGGGCAACGAGGAGGGCUGCGAGGCCAUCAGCUUCCUCCUGUCCCUCAUCGACAGGCUGGUCCUGUACUGCGGGAGCCGGCUGGGCAAAUACUACGUCAAGGAAAGGUCCAAGGCGAUGGUGGCUUGCUACCCAGGAAAUGGAGCAGGUUAUGUUCGACAUGUAGACAACCCCAACGGCGACGGCCGCUGCAUCACCUGCAUCUACUAUCUGAACAAGAAUUGGGAUGCCAAGCUACACGGUGGGGUCCUGCGGAUCUUUCCAGAAGGGAAAUCAUUCAUAGCGGAUGUGGAGCCCAUUUUUGACAGACUGCUGUUUUUCUGGUCAGACCGCAGGAACCCUCAUGAAGUCCAGCCUUCCUACGCGACCAGAUACGCUAUGACUGUUUGGUACUUUGAUGCUGAAGAAAGGGCAGAAGCCAAAAAGAAAUUCAGGAAUUUAACUAGGAAAACCGAAUCUGCCCUCACUGAAGACUGACCGUGCUCUGAAAUGCACUGGCCUCAUUCAUUUUCGUAAUGGUUUCUGAAUUCCCUUUAAGAGUUGAGAUCCAAAGAAGGCCUCUUCAGUGACUCGGUGACAAGAGCCCCUGCUACUGCUUGCAUCAUUCACGUCCCUGUCUUGCGAAUGGUACUUUGUGUUUUCUUGCCAAAACCUCAUCCACCUUCAGAUGCUCUCUUUGCCAGAUGAACUCAUUUGCUAACCCCAGAAAUACCUGCAGACGACCUAGCUGGCCAGCGGUUUAACUGAUAGAUUUGGAAAUAUUGGCCAUCAAAAGAAGAGCCUGGAAGCAUGGGCGAGGGAAUGAAUCCUACUUGCACUUUAUGUACACUUCCUGAUUUGAAAGGAGGAGGUUUGCCAAGAAAAAAAAAUGGUGACAGAUGCCACCGAGAGGCAUCAUUGAAAGCCUUAACAGCAGGAAACAGAAAUUUGUGUCAUCUGAACAAUUUCCAGAUGUUCUUAAUCCAGGGCUGUUGGGGUUUCUGGAGAAUUAUUACAACUUAAUGACAUUAUUACCUCUAGAAAGGACUGCUGUCAUAGUCAUCAAUUUUUAAGUAUCCUGUGGGUAGACACUGCUUUUUCUGGUCCUGCAACCUGGACUUUCUGUCUCUGCCUCAUUUUGCUGAGAAUAGGACUUUCUGAUCACAGAUGACAACACCAUUUAUUUUCUGUUUUUACUUCUUAAUUGGAGAACCUAAUUCCCCAGAAGGAAAAACUAGACAUUAAUUGUUUUGGUGGCUUUGUUGAAAUGGAAUUUGAAUUUAAAUCAAAGGGAAAAAAAAUCUACGUGAUAGUUUAGAGUCAACAAGCUCUGAGAAUGGUGUCAAAAGACCUGGCUCUACCGAUAUACAAUAAACGUGUGCAUCUAGAACAAUGUGGGAGUGGAGAUGGAGUCGGAAAUGUGGGCGUUCCUGUUUUUAAGUUUUCCUUUUUAAGGAGCUCACCCUUCUUCUUGAACAAAAUAGGAAAAUAACAAAAAAUAGGGUGCUGUAUUUUAAAAAGGAAAUGGAAAUAAAAUAAAAAUUCCUGAAAAGCUGUUUGAGUUCUUCCACAUUUUCUGUCCCUGAAAGCCUUUUUUUCAACAGACUUGACUCUCCAAAUCCACUGUGGUUGGCAGUGUGGCCAGAAUCAUGGAAUUUGCUAGAACUGUGGAAGGUUCUACUACUGCAGUAAGCACAAAUUCCGCUGCCUCAAGAACUCUAUCGAGUGCCUAUUUUAUGAAUGUUACUCUUCCUAGGUUUCAAUUCCAUUUUCAUAUUUUUUAAAUCCCUUUAAUUUCUUGCUUGAAAAUCUCAUGGACAUUAAAGAACCGGAAGUAUUUUCUUUGCCCUUCGCAUAUGUAUUGACUUUCCAAGAAAGAAGCUUAGUUUUUCCAUUUCUAGUUUUGGAAAGUUUCCAGAUGAGACUUGUCUUCAUUCUCACGACUGCUCUAUUUUUUUUCCACAGUGCUUAUCAACUUCUAACUUACUAUGUAAUUUACUUAUUUAUUAUGUUCAUUGUCUUGUAUCCUUCCUCUAGAGUGUAAGCACGAUGAAGACGGGGAUUUUUGUAUGUUUUUAAUCAAUGGAAUGUAUUCCCAGCACCUAAAAUAGUGCCUAACACACCUAACCCACAGUAAGGGCUCAGUAAAUACUUGUUGAAUAAACUGGCUCUCCUUCCUUA